UUCACUAACAAGUCUGGGCAAAACAACUGCGUAAUACAAUUGUCUAUUGUCAGGUCCAAUGAACAUUAUUUGACUACGCGUAAUUGAGUUAAAGAAUCAGUCUUAGUCUAGUAAUAUGCACUUUCACUUUUUACAAUGAAUUCAAAAACAACUCCAAGGGACGAUCCAUUAGAUGACGGGUGUGAUAUAAGCAAUGCACAACUCAUCAGGAUACUUUCGGAGCGUCUCGCCCCUUCUGACCAACCUAGUUUGACUCCCCCUGCUGGUACCAGUCUGACUCCUGGUGGUACCAGUUUGAGCGCUGGUGCUGAUCAACACAGUCCGACACUGGGUGUGUGUGUGGUCAAUGAUGGCCAGUCCCUUGCCAAGGAGGAGAGAAUCGAAGGCCAAAUUAAGAAACGGGGUCACAUGGUUGUGGCCCCGUUCGAGAGGCUGAGCAACAAUAGGAGCACUUUUACCCUGUCAGUCCCAGACCAGAGUCCAAUGGAGAGGUUCAGUAAGCAUCACCUGAAUGUUACUCAGCUGUGUGAGCAGUCAUGGUGUGAAAUUAAAGUGGUCUAUGGGUUCCUCAAGCCUCAUAUGAAGAGGAGAGAGAUGAGAAGGACUGCAGUGACGACAGGGGCCAGUAUUCAUCUUGCUAGAGAACUGGAGGCAAACCCAGAUGCUGUGACUGUGGUUGUUCAUACCAGAGAGGACAGGGAAGCCUUGAAACUCAUCAACCUGAUACAGAUGGUCCCAGCUCUGGAGGCAGGCCAGCUUGUACGGGAGUUUCCAGUGUUAGGUGUGUUGGAUGGGGUGUUUUUCCUGGGUGUGGUUGAUGAGCUGUAUUGUAGUAAGUCUGGGGAUCUGGUCCUGAGUGAACUGAAGACCCGCAGUCACAACUCCCUGCCGCAUCCUGCCCAGGCCAAGGGACACUCUCUACAGGUGGGUGUGUAUAAGCUGCUGUUUGACUCUAUGGUUCAGGGUUCUGUGAAGAGGGAUCAGCUCCUCCACUUCCUCAAGCUCCGGCCCCACCAGGCCUUUGGGUCAGAGCUCCAGAGGUAUGCCCAGAAAUUGGGCCUCCUGGCAGUCACCUUCGGAGAGCUUGUGGACCACCUGUUGGUUGUGCUACAUUUCUCUAACCUCCAGCCCAUUGACAAGCUAUGCCUGGAAUACAGACAUCAGAGCUCCGGAGUCCUCAUAGGAAACAGGGAGGUAGAGUUUGAGGAGACCCAGCUAAGGGCUGAGCUCAGGGACUACCUGGCCUUCUGGAGGGGGGAGAGGGAGCCCCAUGGAGUGGAUAUUGAGGAUAUAGAAGAGGCUUGGAAGUGUAGGAUGUGCCCCUAUGAGGAGAGCUGUGAAUGGAGGAGGAAUAGGUUGCAAGAGGUGAUGGUUGAUGGCAGUAAGAAAGCCAAAUUGGAUGGUUCUAAAUCCGAGACUCCCAAUUCAAGUCGGAGAGUCCCAAAUUGAAGUUUGUCAGGUCUGAGAAUCCAAAAUGGGAGAGUCCAAGGUUGGACAGUCCAACAGUGGAUAGCCUGACAUCUGCAUGACUUCCGUUAUGAUUUUAUGGGUUUACAAUAGGGUUGAAUAGCGGGGAGGGGCCUCCCAUUCUGGGUUCGAGUCCAGGCUCUGUCGCAGCCGGCCGUGACCAGGAAACCCAUGGGGCGGUGCACAAUUGGCCCAGCGUCGUCCGGGUUUGGUCGGCAGGGAUAUCCUUGUCCCAUCGCGCACUAGCGACUCCUGUGGCGGGGCGGGCGCAGUGCACGCUGAACCGGGUUACCGAGAUCUACUGAGAUUUCCCACCCAAACCCACUCCCUUUUCCCCGGAUAAAUAACUGAGAAACCGGUAAAUUAGAAUACAUUAUUUCAGUAUGACGUAAAAUGGAACUGUUAAAUUAUACAGUUGAAGUCGGAAGUUUACGUACACUUAGGUAGGAGUUGUUAAAACUCAUUUUUUUCAACCACUCCACAAAUUUCUUGUGGACAAACUAUAGUUUUGGCAAGUCUGUUAGGACAUCUACUGUGUGCAUGACACAAGUAAUUUUCCAGCAAUUUUUUACAGACAGAUUAUUUCACUUGUAAUUCACAGUAUCACAAUUCCAGUGGCUCAGAAGUAGGGGUCGACCGAUUAAUCGGAAUGGCCGAUUAAUUAGGGCCGAUUUCAAGUUUAAAUUUUUGGACACCGAUUUGGCCAAUUAAAAAAAAAAAAAUAUAUAUAUAUAUAUAUAUAUAUAUAUAUUUUUUACACCUUUUAUUUAAUUAGGCAAGUAAGUUAAGAACAUUCUUAUUUUCAAUGACGGCCUUGGAACGGUGGGUUAACUGCCUUGUUUAGGAGCAGAACGACAUUUUUGUCAGCUCGGGGAUUCAAUCUUGCAACCUUAUGGUUAACUAGUCCAACGCGUUAACCACCUGCCUCUCAUUGCACUCCACGAGGAGCCUACCUGUUACGCGAAUGCAGUAAGAAGCCAAGGUAAAUUGCUAGCUAGCAUUAAACUUAUCUUAUAAAAAACAAUCAUAAUCACUAGUUAACUACACAUGGUUGAUAAUAUUACUAGUUUAUCUAGCGUGUCCUGCGUUGCAUAUAAUCGAUGCGGUGUGCAUUUGCGGAAAAAGGACUGUCGUUGCUCCAACGUGUAACUAACCAUAAACCUCAAUGCCUUUCUUAAAAUCAAUACACAUAAGUAUACAUUUUUAAACCUGCAUAUUUAAUUAGCUAAAAGAAAUCCAGGUUAGCAGGCAAUAUUAACCAGGUGAUAUUGUGUCACUUCUCUUGCGUUCAUUGCACACAGAGUCAGGGUAUAUGCGAUAAUAAUAAACGUUUUGUUUUCGAAAUGAUAGUUUCCGGAUUCGACCAUAUUAAUGACCAAAGGCUCGUAUUUCUGUGUGUUAUGUUAUGAUUUGAUAUUUGAUAGUGCAGUCUGACUGAGCGGUGGUAGGCAGCAGCAGGCUCGUAAGCAUUCAUUCAAACAGCACUUUCGUGCGUUUUGCCAGCAGCUCUUUGCUGUGCUUCAAGCAUUGAGCUGUUUAUGACUUCAAGUCUAUCAACUCCUAAGAUUAGGCUGGUGUAACCGAUGUGAAAUGGCUAGCUAGUUAGCGAGGUGCGCACUAACAGCGUUUCAAAGGUCACUCGCUCUGAGACUUGGACUAGUUGUUCCCCUUGCUCUGCAUGGGUAACACUGCAUCGAGCUCAGUUAGGGGCGAGGAGAGGGACAGAAGCUAUACUGUUACACUGGCAAUACUAAAGUGCCUAUAAGAACAUCCAAUAGUCAAAGGUAUAUGGAAUACAAAAUGGUAUAGAGGGAAAUAGUCCUAUAAUAACUACAACUUAAAACUUACCUGGGAAUAUUGAAGACUCAUGUUAAAAGGAACCACCAGCUUUCAUAUGUUCUCAUGUUCUGCGCAAGGAGCUUAAACGUUAGCUUUUUUUACAUGGCACAUAUUGCACUUUUACUUUCUUCUCCAACACUUUGUUUUUGCAUUAUUUAAACCAAAUUGAACAUGUUUCAUGAUUUUUAUUGAUGUGUUAAAAUAAGUGUUCAUUCAGUAUUGUUGUAAUUGUCAUUAUUACAAAUUCCUUAAAAAAAUUGUCCGAUUUUAAUCGGUAUCGGCUUAUUUUGGUCCUCCAAUAAUCGGUAUUUGCGUUAAAAUCAUAAUCAGUCGACGUCGAGUUCACAUACAAAGUUGACUGUGCCUUUUUAAACAGCUUGGAAAAUUCCAGGAAAUAAUGUCAUGGCUUUAGAAGCUUCUGAUAGGCUAAUUGACAUAAUUUGAGUCAAUUGGAGGUGUACCUGUGGAUGUAUUUCAUGGCCUACCUUCAAACUCAGUGCUUUUUUGCUUGACAUCCAUGGGAAAAUCCAAAGAAAUCAGCCAAGACUUCAGAAAAAAAUUGUAGACCUCCACAAGUCUGGUUUAUCCUUGGGAGCAAUUUCCAAAUGCCUGAAGGUAACACAUUCAUCUGUACAAACAAUAGUAAGCAAGUAUAAACACCAUGGGACCACGCAGCCAUCAUACCGCUCAGGAAGGAGAUGCGUUCUGUCUGAGGUAGUCACCUGGAAUGCAUUUCAGAUAAUAGGAGUGCCUUGUUAAAAGUAUAUUUGUGGAAUUUCUUUCCUUCUUAAUGGUGGUAGUGUAUACCAGUUAUUUAUUCAGACCCAUUACCAUUCAAUCUUCGUGAAGAGAAAUGAUAGCCAUCUGCAUCUUAUUCUAGUCCUAUGUUAUUCAAGCAUGACAUUACAAUGAUGGUAUGGACAACACAACUUAUUUCAUUCAGGGGUGCAACUUUCACUGGGGGGGGAAUUGCAUUUUUGCCCCCCCCCCCCUUCUCAUUGUAAUGUGAUACAAAAAGUGGCAACAGUGUGCUUUAUGACCAUGUGGACGCCUCAGCAUGGUCGCUGGAUUUUGGACCAUGUGGACACAUAGUGGUCUGUCAGGCUAUGUGGAGGCCAAGCUUCUGGAAGGCCGGAUUUUUUUCUUGUUCAGUUUGUCCUUUUGUUUUUUAUCUUAUGCUUGUUUAUUUUCAUAUUUUUCCUGUAAAGCACAUUGUGUUGCAUAAAGCUUGAUUUGAUUUGACCAGUUUGUCAUUAGUUGUUCCUUUUGUUAUCCUUUUUUUCUUGUUUUUGUAGUAAAUAUUUCAUCUUAUUUUCAUUUUUUUCCUGUAAAGCAAAUUGUUGCAUUACAUGUCUGAAAUGUGCUGUAUAAAGAUUGAUUUGACCAGCAUAGUUCAGUGUGUAUGUGUUGCCCUCUUUCACGGAGUUGUAAAAGCAAGCCGAGCAGAAACUUGCAUUAUGAGGUGGCUAUUUGUACUAUCUGACAGCGGUUGUUUUUAUGGAAAUGUUUUGUAGCCUUUUUUGUCCGGUUUCAACAGAAGUAAAUGAACUUGGCUAGCUUUUGACAGUUUUAUCAGAGGGAGAGAGCUGGUUAAAAGUUGGCUAACGUUACUGUAGCUAUUCUUUUUUUUUCUUCAAUCACAGUAGACCUGAGUCAAACGAUGAAACCAUCGACCAAAUGAUUGAAAGAAGAUAUUCUGACGUUUUUCAAUGUGAGUUUAUAUUAGUCAAUAUGGCAUGUAACAUUAUUGAUCUGUCAGUUUCCCUAGCGAAUUCCAUACUUUUCACACUGACACAGUAAUAAACGGCUCUAAUGUUAAA